GCCCAUUCGCGCUAACCCGAAGAAGAAGUGUUGGUAUAGCAUCACGCUUUUGGUUAGCUAGCAUUAUUAUGAGCAUCGUAGAGGUUUCAGCGUGAAUCACAGUCUAAGGUUCACUUUAAAUUCACGUUGUGUUACAUUUUCGCCAGCACCAUGAGCACGUUAUGGAUGGGGAACCUGGACUCCUACAUGGAUGAGAAGUUUAUCAUCAGAGCCUUUUCUACGAUGGGGGAGCAGGUGGUCAAUGUGCGGAUCUUACGAAACAAGAUGACGGGUGGUUUGUCAUCCAGGGGUGCCCUAGGAUACUGUUUUGUGGAGAUGACAGAUGAGGCCACAGCUGAGAGGUGUCUCCGCAAAAUCAAUGGAAAAGCUUUACCAGGAGCCAAUCCGCCAACAAGAUUCAAGUUAAACAGAGCCAACUUUGGGAAACAAGACAGCGGUCAGCUGUAUUCUCUGUUCGUGGGAGAUCUAACUCCCGAGGUGGAUGAUGGGAUGCUUUAUGAGUUCUUUUACAACCGCUACCCUACCUGCAGGGGUGGGAAAGUAGUGCUGGACAGCAUGGGUAACUCCAAGGGCUGUGGCUUUGUUCAGUUCCCCGAUGAGCGGCUGCAGAAGCGGGCGUUAGAGGAGUGUCAGGGUGCUAUGGGACUGGGUAGUAAACCUCUGAGACUGAGCCUGGCUGCUAACAAUUUAAGGAACCGACAGCAGCAGCAGCCGAAUCAACACUCAGACAAAUCAUGGCAGUCGACCUCAAGUUACAGAAACAACUAUGACCAGUACAGCCAGUACCAGCAGCAGCCAUACAAUGGCUAUUACUCCCCCUGGGGCUAUGAUCAGACUGGAGGAGGGUAUGGUUACAACUAUCAGCAGCAGUAUGAUUACACACAAUAUCCUCCACCACAGGAGAGUGAAGCUGUUGAGGAGGAUGAUGGACUUGAAGAUCCCAGUCCAGGGCUUGAUGUGGUGGAGGCCAACAGGAAGUUCAUGGAGCACAGUGAGGAGCUGUAUGACGCUCUGAUCGAGUGUCAUUGGCAGUCAGCUGAACUCUCUGUUGAACAGGAACAUGUGACAUCCAGCCUACCAGAGCCCAUUUACAGCUGAAACACUUCUCUGGACUUAACCCUCCCCGGGUGUUUUAUUUCCUUUGGCUAAUGAAAUGUUGACUCUAUGAAUUAUUUUCUUAAGGACACAGAGCAAAUUUGCAUUGGUAAUAGAUCUCAUUAAAGUGUAUAAACCAGUGCAAAUGCAGUGUGUACACACAUUCCUGAGUUACAAUAAAUACUUGUGAUUUAUUUAUGGUUCUGGACACUGAAUCCAAAGGAUAACGUGUUAUGGUAAAAGUCCUAAGAUAUUAGGACAGAUACAAAACAUGUAUUAUGAAAUUAAACAACAUGAAUGUAAACAAAACCAAAAAAUUACCAUUUAUUGACUUUGAUACCUGUACACAAUCAGUUGACCUCACAUAUGUUUUUAUCUGUUUAACAGAAGUAAAUUGUGAGAUUGAUCUCUUAUUAAAGCCCAAAACAAAUAA